AUGAGUUCAUCCACCACCGCAACAGAAGUCCAGCCGCGCUUCCAACAGCUCUUCGCCGAGCUCGAGAAGCGCUUCCAAUCAACCGCCCUGGGCAGCGAUAAAUGGUACAUCCUCGCCAUAACCACAAUUGCCGCAAGUCCCGACCCCGAGCGCGCCGAUCAACUCUACCUCCACCUCUGCUCGCAGCCAGGUAACUCCGCCCCCGCCGCGCGACAAGCCAUUGUCCGCCGUCUCCGCGAAGCCCUCAUCAAAGCCGUCCCCAUCGUGGGCGUCUGCAAACCCAUCGAAGCCAUCCUAUCAAUCGGCAAAGUCGAGCGCGAAGAAGAUAAAGACUACACAUUUACCCGCGAGGGCUGGCAAUGCGACCAGGCCAAUCACGACCGCGGCGCGGCGUGGAUGCAGAAGCUGUAUUCGCGGAAUACCACCGGCACGUUAAAUUUGUUUGCUGCGCAUAAGGAUUUCUCGUGGGUAUCUGAGGAGAUUACUUAUGGGUUGUUUUUGUCGGAUCGACAGGUGUUGGAUGAUGUCGAUACACAGCUUGUUGUGUUGCCGGGGAUUAUGAGCCAGAAUUUGCCGAAUGAGACGCACUGGCAUAUUCGGGGCACUCGGCGAUUGGGAUUGCCGAAGGAGGAGGUGCAGGUUAUAUGGGAUUGUGUGCAGCUUGUGGCGCAGUUCUUUGAUGUCAAGUUGAAUAAGGUGCCUACUGUUGAGCAGGUAGAGUAUGAUGUUUAG